GUCCGCGCAACGUUUUAACUGCGAAAGAUGAACGGGGAAGAGAGAUGUUUGGCCGCGCGUUAUCCGACGAUACACAAUUCCGCGGAGAUUUUCGCGGCUCUAGCCGGCAGGUCGAGUCAGGACCAACAAGUUCGUUGCGAGGAACAAUAGCAGGCAGUCUCGCGCCCGCGACGCUUAUUAAUUUCAUCGAUAUUUCCUCGCAGCACGUCAUGACGCCCUCGGAGUACAAGAAGCAGAUGUUGAUGAGCGCUCAAGAGAGACUUGAUUAUCCGCUAAAAGCGGCUCGCGGCGUAAACGCGCAAGUUUUACGCGGCGGUACGGGAAGCCGCCACUUCAAUGUCUCACCCAGCAUUGUUCUCUUCCAACGAUUCGCACCUGGCGACGUGUACAACGCGGCGCUCACGAUACGCAAUGUGUCGAAGGUGUCGCGGCGCUUGAGGAUCUUGCGCAACCCCGAUCCCUUGUUCGCCGUGGAAUAUCACGGCUCGAAUUACAGCAUCGUCGUGGCGCCGGGGCUCGUUCACGUUUAUAACGUCAGAUUCAGACCGGCCGAGAGGCGAGACUACGAGUAUCGUGUCGAGUUCGUCGUCGGCGAUGAUGGCGACGACGACGCCGUCCUCGCGGUGCCGGUAAUCGCUAUCGGCCCGAGGCCUAUUCUCGAUCUGCCAGAUCAAAUCGAAAUACCAACCACCGCGGUGAAGAUCUCCUCCUCGAGGACGGUCGUGGUGCGCAACGUGGGAGACGCGCCGGCGACUUUUAAUUUCUGCACGGAUCAUCCGUAUUUCUCCGUGGAGCCGUCCAGAGGCAUAUUAAAGAAGGAAGAAACGAUGCAGUUUACUGUGAGCUUUUUGUCCGAGAAAUCUGGUGAUUUCAAAGCGAAUCUUUUCCUCAGUUAUGAAUCUGAGAGAGAGAGAGAGAGAGAGAGAGAGAGAGAGAGAAAUACAUUAAAUAUCAAGCUAACGAUGAACGUUUUAAAUUUAAUGACGCAACAGCUCCCUGUAACGACGUGCAAAUUGUCUGCAGGGGAGAAGCUUUACUUGUCGCUGCAGAGCUCGUCGGUAAAUUGCACGAUACACAUCGACAGGAACAGUGUCCGAAUUGAGGACACUUAUUUGGGUCUGUCGAGAAGCAAGGUCCUCACGAUCCACAAUAGAAGCGACUACGUGGUAAAGUUCCAGUGGAUGCACUUUGAGGACAAGAAUAGCGACGUACAGCGAAGGGCCGAGUACGAGAGGCUGUUUCAGCAGGUGCACGAGGUGGAGAUGGCGCGUCACGUCGGACUCGUUCAUUACAAUAUUUGCCUGCCAGAUACCCACGAGCUCGUCUGCCAGCGGAUUUACGCGGACGAGAUUGUCUCGUUGACGAAUGAGAACUUCCGCUACAAUCACGCGCGCUUCCUUCUUACCCCCGAGGAAGGCAAAAUUUGGCCACGUUCUUGCGUUGAUAUUACAGUAUUUUUUCGACCCACGGAGGUGGGCGAGAUAUCGAGCGUCGCUUAUCUCGAAGUUACGGGCCGCGAGGAAAGGAUACCACUGAGCCUUCACGGGAUCGGCAAGGGACCGCUUCUUUGCCUCAACGUGAUCACGAUUGACCUGAAGAAAAUCUACUUAUGUUCCGUGCAUAAUUACGAGAUUGUGGCAGCAAAUAAAGGACACAUCAACGGUACAUUAGUUUACAAAACGAGACCGACAGAGUUCGGCGGUACCGUUCACGUCACCCCACCUCGUCUGACUCUGGAACCGAACGAAUACAAGUCGUUCAACUUGUCGUACUCUUCAAGCCGGAAAGGAGACUUCGUAGAGCGAAUUGACUUCGUCGUUGAGGAGAGUUCGCAAGUGGUGUCCUUGCAUAUCAAGGGAUGUAUUGUAUGUCCAACAUUGCAUUUCGACAAGAGCAGUCUAGACUUCGGCGCGGUUGCAUUAGGGUUCAGCAAAAGGCAGGAGGUACAUCUUCGUAACUUGUCUUUGGUACCCGUUUCGUUCAGCGCGACUAUAAUGGAGGACGGCGAUCAGGCACCGUUGACUCACGAAGAGUUCUCUAGAUCCGAAGCUCGGGCGAGUUUCCCGGCCAAUCCUCGCGAAUUCACGAUCAUUCCGCAGAAAGGAGUGGUACAGGCGUACAGUUCGCUUAAAUUAAAAGUGAUGUAUACAGCGAACGUGGUUCGAAGUGGACAAUCGACUGUUCGUGUUGACAUGUGGGACUCGGACUUGGAUCCAGCGUUACUACCGAUCUCAUUUUGCGGCGCUAUUCCUGCUUUGUCGAUCACGCCCGCAGAGAUCCUCAUUCGGUUCUCUUUUCUCAACUUCCCCUAUUCGCGUUCUGUUAACGUGGAGAACAACUCCGACCUGGAUGGAUAUUUUUAUAUAGUACCUCAAACGAUAUCCGAGGAUAUCCCAGUGAUAUACUCGAUGUCGUCUCAUCAAGGCUUCCUGAAAGCGCGUCAGUCGAAGAAGAUCGACAUUACUGUGAUCACAAAAGUUUUAGGCAAACAGAAAAUUACAUUAAACAUAUUGACGAUUGGCGUGCAGACGCCGGUUACAUCCUGCACGAUCAUCUGUAACGGCCAAGGACCGGUAAUAUCCGUGGAGCCUACCUAUCUCGAUUUUGGAGACAUCCAGGUGCUUCAAGAGCAGGUCACGUAUUUUCGCAUGAUCAACGAUUCACCGAUACCUGCACAAUUUAAGUUAACGUCGGAUAAGAAAAAUGUGCCUUGGCUCGUUAAUCCAAUCUCUGGUGAGCUUGGACCGAACGAGUCUACAGAGGUCGAAGUAAAAAUAUUUCUACGCGAUCCUGGUAAAUACGCCGGCGCUGUAAACGUGCAGGUCGCGAAUAGCCGGUCGAUUCCUAUUAACGUGAUUGCAAGUGGAAUCGGUUGUAGUGUCACUUUCGAGCCGCAGAUAUAUCCAAUGUUCGACAUGGGAUUUCUCUUUAGCCGUCAAAAUCAGAGUGUACCGAUAACCAUAAGAAAUCUCGGCACGCAUCGUAAUCAAAUAACGUGGUCGAACAAUCCAGAAGUGCGCGCUCAAAGGAGUCACGCCUCGCCGAUCAGCAAAUUUCAAGUCGAGCCGGCCAUUGUAGACGUGCCAGCCGGGGAUUCUAAAGUAGUCCAAUGCAAAAUAUGUUGGAAUGCGAAUGAAGUCUUGAUGGAAGAUUGGUACGUAUUCGGGCACACACACGGACAAAGGAAGCGGAAGUUGCUUGGCACCAGCACAUUUAAGGCGACUUUUAUAGAACCGCGGAUCUCGUUUAACAAGAGGGAGUUAACGUUUCGUAUCGAUAUGUACCCCAACGGGGAAAAGUUGGAACAAGCAGGUAGGAAAUGGCUAUCUCGUCCGGCACUGUUUCGGCGAAGAAAACUGAGAAGUUACGCGAUCCGGUACAUUAACGAGCUGGUCGUGACGAAUCAGUCGCGAUUAGAUUUAAACGUUCAAUUAUACGUCGACCCUCCCUUUUAUCUGAUGGUCGACAAAAAGAAGGCCGUGAGUAAGAGGAAAAUCGUCCUGAUAAGCGGGACCACCCUGACGAUCCCGAUGAAUUUCUCGCCCCAUGUAAAUCUCGACAAUCCCUGCUCGAGAAAUUAUAACGCCGCGCUCUGCUUCGAGUAUAACGAGCAUCCUAAUAAGGAUAAAAUUCUAUGUAAAGGCACCGUGAACUUCCCGACUGUCACAUUACCGUGCAAUGACGUACUCAUCAACUGCAUUUUGGGCUCGACAGCUGUGAAGAAAUUCCAGUUGACCAACAAUGGAUCAAUCCCCGUGAUAUACAAGUUUCUGUGGGCGGGAGAGAGUAUUGAGAUUCAUCAUAUCGCACGUGACAUUAGGGACUUCGCAGACAAUUCUGAGCCUCGAAUCAACGUGGAAGGUUACGAGUUCGUGGCGCGUUUGUGCGAUCGCAAGAAAAAUUUGGCGGAUCGCGAGAACGAGGGCGGAUCUUCAGGGACGCUUGCAACGUCGACUUCAUCAUAUCAUGAGUUGCGGAAAACGGUGACGGAGAGUUCGCUGGCAAAAGUGCUCUAUUCGCGAGUGCCGAACGAAACGCGCGAUAAAUUGAGGAGCCUCCUUCCGCCGACGGCAAGGCCGAUAGAAACGUCCUAUUUAUCAUGCUUGGAAGACCCGGAGAUUCUCGCUUUGAUGGAUUCCGCUCUCGAACCUGCCACGAGGGAGUCACUCGACGGUGUUCGUGCCUCUCUUCUCGAUAAAGUUCAAUCUAGCAAAAUUAACGUCUGUCGCGAGCGCGCGCGCGUCUCUGCGGAUUUUACUCGGCGAUUACCGUUCACGACAAUGGCUGGUUUCACGAAAUUGGUAUACGUUACUCAGAUACUCGAUAUCAUCCCUCACGAAGGCACUAUCGUUCCGUAUUCCUCGCAAUACGUGCGCUUCAUCUUCUACGGCAUCGAGCCAGUGCAGAUCAAAGUCGUAGCGCUCUGCGAAGUUCUUCAAGGUCCCACUGAAUUGAUUAACGUCACCGCCAACGCGGAUACCGUCCUCUUCUUUGUUGACAAACGAGUCAUCGAUUUCGGCGAACGGGUGGCCCAUGUAGUCCCGGAGAUAAUUAUCGUGAAAGGCGUCACAAGUUAUCCGCAAGUUUACCUCUGCGUUCCACGCGACGAUCUUUUUAAGCAGCACUCUGUCGAAUUGGAAUAUCGGGCGAUUCAAUUAUUAACUGCGGAUUAUCUUGCGACGAAAUGGCAGGUGACAGGGCGAUGUGACGAUAACAGACCGUGGGAUCGUAUACCCGAAUGGGACGAGAGGAUUUUAUCAAACGAUCUGUGGGAUCUAAUCACGGUGGAGGAAAUGCUUCCCAGGACGAUGGACAUCGAAAUGGCGAUCGACAGACUCCUUGCGACUCGUUUCAUCGAGGAGAAUGCUCCCGUCUUGAUGAAACAUUCCAUUCCGCAUAAAAAGGCCGUCAUUCCUCAUCUCCGCGCUCCCGAAUACAUCAUAGACAUGGGUUACGUCGCAAUCGAUCUUACGACGCGCUACUCGACGACGAUUAUCAAUUACGGAUCGUGGAACGCGGAGAUCGCGAUAAAGAAAUUGGAUAAGGAGCAACUUGAGAAUUCUUGUGUCGUCGUGCAAUUGAAAAAGGCGUUGUUAAAAGUCGGGGAAACUGCACCCUUGGCCAUUACGUGGCGGCCUACAUCGGCCAGAUACACCGGUAGAAGCACGAAGGAACAGCACUUGAUCCACUUAGAAAUAUCCCGCGGUUCUACCAUUCCGAUUGCUGUAAGAGGCGUCAUCACUUACCCGUUCGUGACUGUGAACACGAAAUCGUUAAACUUUCAAUCUGUCGUCGUGGGAGAAUGCUUGAUGAUGAGCGUACUGGUGAAGAACGAGUGACGUAUCCACUUUGGAACAUAUUUCCCUCACUAUUCUCACGGAGGAACUGAUGCGUAUCUGUGAAUUUUCAGAGGCUUCAUCGAUUGUCGUUGGCAAGCGAAAGUGACGAACACGCGCAAGAGACAGGAGGACUGUCAGUUUCAUUUAAAGUACAAUUCGGAGCUUCUUUCGCGGGGUUGUUCGGCUGUUAUCAACGUUUACUUCAAGCCACGU